AUGAAUAUUGGACUUCAUAGUGCUUUCUUCUUUUCCGGUUCUAUUGGAACGUAUCCCGCAAAACGCACGAAGAAGGUUGGAAUCACUGGUAAAUAUGGUACUCGAUAUGGUGCCUCCCUUAGAAAAAUGGUCAAAAAAAUGGAAAUUACUCAGCAUAGUAAAUAUACUUGCACAUUUUGUGGCAAGGAUGCUAUGAAACGAAGUGUUGUGGGUAUUUGGUCUUGCAAACGAUGCAAAAGAACUGUUGCUGGAGGUGCAUGGGUAUAUUCGACAACAGCUGCUGCUUCUGUUAGAUCUGCAGUAAGAAGAUUACGUGAAGUUAAAGAACAGUAAAUAAAUUUAAUGAAUUUCAUAUAAA